AUGCACCACUACCUCUUCAGUUUGUGCUUAUCUGUGGUCGCACGUUUUUGCUCCUGUAUCUGCAUCCAUGAUUCUGUACAGAGAGAGACCACAGUGGUGUCUCCUCCGGCCUCCUUUCAUCAUGUCUCCAGACUGCAUGCCCGUGAUGCCCCACUGGUUUCUCGUCUUCCUCUUAGGGUCACCCCCUGGUAUCUUCCAGGUGAAAGUGCGCUCAUCACCCCAACACAGAGCAGAAAACUUCAGGCGGCGAUGAAAGAAGUGACUAAGAUUGUCUCCAGCAUACUGUCAGUGCGGAGGGUGGGUGGUCCGCUCCUUCUGAACCGAGAUACUGAGAGAUUUUGUCAUUCUAUUUGGCGGAACAGCACACUUCCAAACUACAACAAGUGUGGGUCUUUGGAUAAGUCUUACCGUGGAGAAACCUGCCUUGAUGUCACAAUACCGGACUCCCACCUGCGUGGAUUUGAAGUGUGGCCAGAGUUGGGACAAGAGCCAAGUCAUGUGACAUCAGAUGGAGAAGGCGUUCCAGAUUCAGACUUCUUGCUGUAUGUGAGGGUGGCGCAAACAGAAAGGUGUGCAGCACAGACAUCAGUAGUCGCUUAUGCCUCCUACUGUCAGCUGGACCAUUCUGGGCGGCCACUUGCUGGAGUUAUUGUCUUUUGUCCGGAGCAUCUAAAGGAGGGAGAGUAUCAGCACAGUCUCGUUGUGCAGGUGUCCCUACAUGAGCUACUCCAUGCUCUUGGAUUCUCCAGAAGUCUUUUUGCUCAUUGGAUUGACUGCAGCCUUUAUGAAACAGGAGACACCUGCUCUUUUCGGUCUAGAGUUGCAAAUACAGACGAGUAUGGUCACCAUCGCAUCUACACUCCAACAGUUAUGCAGAAAAUGGGAGAACACCUAGGAGCUGGACCUGUGGGUGCCCCACUUGAGAAUAAGGACUUUCCUUUAUCUGCCUCCUCACACUGGGAAUCACGGCUCCUGCAAGGGUCCAUCCUCACAGCUUCUCUAAGCCCCCCUCACCUCACACACCUAGACAUCAUUACUCUGGCUGCCUUCAAAGACAUGGGAUGGUAUGAAGUCAGUACAAACACCAAUGAUCAACUUUUGUGGGGCAAAGGGGCUGGGCUAUACUUUGGUCUCCCCUCUACAUGCAAUGACACGUCCACUGGAUUCUUCUGCACAGGAAGUGAUAUUGGCUGCCAUCACCUACAUUUGGACAAAGGCAUCUGCUCCACUGACUCAUUUCUAGACGGAUGCCGGAUCUACAAACCACUCCCAAGUGGGGGCGAGUGCUGGAUUAAACAAGAAAAUGAGGAACCAGGGGAGAUAUAUGGCCACCAGAGCCGUUGCUUCUUCUCAAACCUAACGAAAGAGGUCCAACUCCAGACCAAGGUGAAAGGUCACUGUUAUCUGCAUCGUUGUCUGGCUCCAAAUAGUUUCCAGGUCAAAGUUCAGGGAUCAGAGUGGACAGACUGCCCACCCGGAGCACGGAUACAGGUGGCAGGCUUUGAGGGCUUAAUACUGUGCCCAUCUGAACGACUCUGCAUGGGAUUUGAUCAUUUAACAACGUCAACAGUUAGCUCCACACCAAUCUCCACUAUGGUCUCCAAAGAGGGCACCAUCUUUCCCACUGAAGAAGGCGUUGCAGUUAGGGUUCAGGUGACUGUUGGAAAAGGAAAACAAUGGAGCCUAGACAAGACAAUGAUUCUACAGGAAGAGGUUCUGGGAGUCAUUGCUCAAAAUGCAGGCAUGCAGAGGUGAG